GCUCGAAUCCUGAUUCAGGAUAAGGUUCCCAGACACGGCUUUUUUGAACCCUAGUAACUAGUUUCCUCUAACAAGGAUGCCCUGCUUUUCCGCCUCCAAUGUGCGAUUCGUCAGCGCAGAAUCUCAGGUGCAACAAAGGUGCAAUGAGCUGAGAGCCAGGGCACGAGCCCAAACGGCAGCCUAUCGCCCGCCCGUGGCAUCCUUUGGGUGCUUCAGGAGACCACUCUGUGACCAGUCGGUGGCCUAUGACCAGAAGCAACUGAAGCGCAAUGAACGCGACCGAAAGCGCAAUGAGGGCACAAAACAGGUGGUGCUCCGUGCCGGGGAGCUUCGUCGUCUCAAGGAUCAGGGACAGCUAGAGACCGUGAGCGAGAAGCUGCAGAGGAUUGAGCAGCAGGAGGAGGAGCACCGCAAGCAGCUGCAGAUGGUGGAGGAGACGCGACGCCGCUUCAAGGCCAUCGAUGAAGCCAAAGGAGUGGGCUCCCUCGCGUCCGAGGGCAGAACCACCCUGCUCAGCGAGAUGCUGGAGGAAAAGCAGUCGGUGCUCAGCCGCGCCUUUCUCGCCCGCCAAGAGCAGGAGCAGGAGGUGAAGCAGAUCAACCGCAUGAUCCUCGACGCGAAAUGCAAAGCUGUGCGGGAAGCGCAGAUCCAUGAGAAGCACCUGCUAUCCAAGGCUCUUCGCGAGGACGAUGAGCGACUGGCACGCAUGGUCAACGAACGGGCCCAGAAAGCGCUGACCGAAGAGGAUGAGCGCGAGCGCCUGGAGGUGGAGAGGCGGAACCGCUACGCCAAGGAGAUCCGGCAGCAGCUCUCAGAGCGCGAGAACGUGCGCUACUUGGAGGCCAAGCGGGUGGCCGACGAGGCCAAGGACAUUCGACGCGCCACCGAGCUCUUGCGCAGCCAGGAGGAGCAGCAGCGGGCCUUUGUCCAACUGCGCAAGCAAAGGUUCCGGGAGGAGCUGCAGCGCAUCCGGGACAUGUCCAACGUCUUUAAGGCGAUGCUUAGCGAACAGGAACGCUUGGCUGACCUGCGUGUCACCGCCUACAUGCGCGAUAAGCAGGAGAAGGAGCGCCAGCUAAAGGAAAUGCAACGCUUGGUCAAAAAGGAGUUCGAGCGCCGCCAGCAGCGCAUCUUCACGGUAGCCGCCGAGGCCAUGGAGACGCGCCAGACCAACGACGAGCUCAAGUAUCUCAAGGAGCGGGACCGCGUGGAGCGCGAGUACCGCCAGCGGGAGAAGGAGGCGGCAAUAGCGCGCCGGGAGGCGGAGCGCGACCUGCUCGAAGCGCGGGCGCAGCAGGCUCAGGAGAUGAAGCAGCGCCUGGCCCUGGAGAUCGCCCACGCCGGGGAGGAGUUCGCCAAGGUCAUGAAUCGGAUGCGCGAGGAGGAGGAGAAGCAGAAGGUCUUGGAUCGCCAGCGGGACGCUCAGCGGCAGGUGUACCGCCAGGAUCUGCGCCAGCAGAUGACGGACAAGCAGUCGGAGCGCCGCCGUCUGGCCGAGCUGGAAGCCGGAAGGGUGCAGAAGUGGCUUGACCAGGAGAAGCAGCGGGACGCCAACAUCCAGCAGGUGAUAAGCGCCAAGAUCGCGGCUAUGCGCGAGAAUUGCCUACCGGAGAAGUAUCUGCGGGAAGUGGAAAAGCAGCUGAAGAACAUCCAAAGCUCCCGCAACCGCAUCCGCUGAGGAGAGCCUAAUCU